GGGCCGAGGCGUGCUAGCCGCGGAGGCGCCGCUCUCCUGGGCCCGCCGGACCUGAGCGGACGGCGGUGGCAGAUUGGCUCCCAGAGUGAUUGAUUAAUCUGCUCUGUUGGACUUUGCUUCUGUGGCACCAAUGGAGUACAGACCUCAGUCAUCUCGACCCGAGAGAGAGAAGCUUUGUAUCCAAGAUGGAGAAGAAGCGGAGAAAGAAAUGAGAGCCUCUCUUCAGGCCACUCCACGGAAGGCCAUGGGAUUUGACUUUGAUUUACGUUGGACAAGACUGUAAGGCAGCUGAUCAGUAAUGUUGCAGCUUUUAGCCGAAACAAAAAUUCACUUCUAAUCAAGGAAGAAAAAAGUGUGAUUUGAAUUUAUGCAAUUUUAUGACCAUAUUCACUUAUGACCAUGAAGCUUGUCAACAUCUGGCUGCUUCUGCUAGUGGUUUUGCUCUGUGGGAAGAAACAUCUGGGUGACAGACUGGAAAAGAAAUCUUUUGAAAAGGCCCCGUGCCCUGGCUGUCCCCACCUGACUUUGAAGGUGGAAUUCUCCUCAGCAGUUGUGGAAUAUGAAUAUAUUGUGGCUUUCAAUGGAUACUUUACAGCCAAAGCUAGAAAUUCAUUUAUUUCAAGUGCCCUGAAGAGCAGUGAAGUGGACAAUUGGAGAAUUAUCCCUCGAAACAAUCCAUCCAGCGACUACCCUAGUGAUUUUGAGGUUAUUCAGAUCAAAGAAAAACAGAAAGCUGGGCUGCUAACACUUGAAGAUCAUCCAAACAUCAAACGGGUCACACCCCAACGGAAAGUCUUUCGUUCUCUCAAGUAUGCCGAGUCUGACCCUAUAGUGCCCUGCAAUGAAACCCGGUGGAGCCAGAAGUGGCAGUCAUCACGUCCCCUGCGAAGAGCUAGUCUCUCCCUGGGCUCCGGCUUUUGGCAUGCUACAGGAAGGCAUUCAAGUAGACGGCUGCUGAGAGCCAUUCCACGCCAGGUUGCCCAGACCCUGCAGGCAGACGUGCUGUGGCAGAUGGGCUAUACAGGUGCUAACGUAAGAGUUGCUGUUUUUGACACUGGGCUGAGUGAGAAGCAUCCUCACUUCAAAAAUGUGAAGGAGAGAACCAACUGGACCAACGAGCGAACGCUGGACGACGGACUGGGCCAUGGCACAUUUGUGGCAGGUGUGAUAGCCAGUAUGAGGGAGUGCCAAGGAUUUGCUCCAGAUGCAGAGCUUCAUAUUUUCAGGGUUUUCACCAAUAAUCAGGUAUCGUACACAUCUUGGUUUUUGGAUGCCUUCAACUAUGCCAUCUUAAAGAAGAUUGAUGUAUUGAACCUCAGCAUCGGUGGUCCUGACUUCAUGGAUCACCCCUUUGUUGAUAAGGUGUGGGAAUUGACAGCUAACAAUGUCAUCAUGGUUUCUGCUAUUGGCAAUGACGGACCUCUUUACGGCACUCUGAAUAACCCUGCUGAUCAAAUGGAUGUGAUUGGAGUAGGUGGCAUUGACUUUGAAGAUAACAUUGCCCGCUUUUCUUCACGGGGAAUGACUACCUGGGAACUGCCAGGAGGCUACGGUCGUGUGAAACCUGACAUUGUCACCUAUGGUGCUGGAGUGCGGGGUUCUGGUGUGAAAGGGGGGUGCCGGGCCCUCUCGGGGACCAGCGUUGCCUCUCCCGUGGUUGCAGGCGCCGUCACCCUGCUAGUGAGCACAGUCCAGAAACGUGAGCUGGUGAAUCCUGCUAGCAUGAAGCAGGCCCUGAUCGCGUCUGCCCGGCGGCUUCCUGGUGUCAACAUGUUCGAGCAAGGCCACGGCAAGCUUGACCUGCUCAGAGCCUACCAGAUCCUCAACAGCUACAAGCCACAGGCGAGUUUGAGCCCCAGCUACAUAGAUCUGACUGAGUGUCCCUACAUGUGGCCCUACUGCUCCCAGCCCAUCUACUAUGGAGGAAUGCCGACAGUUGUUAAUGUCACCAUCCUCAACGGCAUGGGAGUCACAGGAAGAAUUGUAGAUAAGCCUGACUGGCAGCCCUAUCUGCCACAGAAUGGAGACAACAUUGAAGUCGCCUUCUCGUACUCCUCGGUGUUAUGGCCGUGGUCGGGCUACCUGGCCAUCUCUAUUUCUGUGACCAAGAAAGCGGCUUCUUGGGAGGGCAUUGCUCAGGGCCACGUCAUGCUCACUAUGGCCUCGCCAGCAGAGAUGGAAUCAAAAAAUGGCGCAGAACAGACUUCAACGGUGAAGCUCCCAAUUAAAGUGAAGAUCAUCCCCACACCCCCGCGAAGCAAGAGAGUACUCUGGGAUCAGUACCAUAAUCUCCGGUACCCGCCUGGCUAUUUCCCCAGGGAUAAUCUGCGGAUGAAGAAUGACCCCCUCGACUGGAAUGGCGAUCACAUCCACACCAACUUCAGGGACAUGUACCAGCACCUGAGGAGUAUGGGCUACUUCGUGGAGGUCCUUGGAUCCCCCUUCACGUGCUUUGAUGCCAGUCAGUAUGGAACUUUGCUCAUGGUGGACAGCGAGGAGGAGUACUUCCCCGAGGAGAUCACCAAGUUGAGGAGGGAUGUGGACAACGGCCUCUCGCUCAUUGUCUUCAGCGACUGGUACAACACCUCCGUUAUGAGAAAAGUGAAGUUCUAUGAUGAAAACACAAGGCAGUGGUGGAUGCCGGACACAGGAGGAGCUAAUAUCCCAGCUCUGAAUGAACUCCUGUCUGUGUGGAAUAUGGGGUUCAGUGAUGGCCUGUAUGAAGGGGAGUUUACCUUGGCAAACCAUGACAUGUAUUAUGCGUCAGGGUGCAGCAUCGCCAAGUUUCCAGAAGAUGGCAUAGUGAUAACACAGACUUUUAAGGACCAAGGAUUGGAGGUUUUAAAGCAAGAAACAGCAGUUGUUGAAAAUGUCCCCAUUUUGGGACUUUCUCAGAUUCCUGCUGAGGGUGGAGGCCGAAUUGUCCUGUAUGGAGACUCCAAUUGCCUGGAUGACAGUCACCGACAGAAAGACUGCUUCUGGCUUCUGGAUGCCCUUCUUCAGUACACAUCGUAUGGUGUGACACCCCCCAGCCUCAGUCAUUCUGGGAACCGGCAGCGCCCUCCCAGCGGAGUGGGUUCCAUCGCUCCAGAGCGGAUGGAAGGAAACCAUCUUCAUCGGUACUCCAAGGUUCUCGAGGCCCAUUUGGGAGACCCAAAACCUCGGCCUCUACCAGCCUGUCCACACUUAUCUUGGGCCAAGCCACAGCCUUUAAAUGAGACGGCGCCCAGUAACCUUUGGAAACAUCAAAAGUUACUCUCCAUCGACCUGGACAAAGUGGUGUUACCAAACUUUCGAUCAAAUCGCCCUCAAGUGAGGCCCUUGUCCCCCGGAGAGAGUGGAGCCUGGGACAUCCCUGGAGGGAUCAUGCCUGGCCGCUACAACCAGGAGGUGGGCCAGACCAUCCCUGUCUUCGCCUUCCUGGGAGCCAUGGUGGUCCUGGCCUUCUUCGUGGUACAAAUCAACAAGGCCAAGAGCAGGCCGAAGCGGAGGAAGCCCAGGGUGAAGCGCCCACAACUCAUGCAGCAGGCUCACCCACCAAAGACCCCUUCAGUGUGACUGACAGGCUGGCUGAGCAUGGGCCACUCUGUGGGCCAGCAGAGCAGGGGAGCAUGUCCGUGAAGACUACCUGUUCAAAAGAGAUCCAGCUUCCGCUGCUGGUGUGUUGGAGUCUGUUCCACAUGGGCCUCCCCUCCUGGGAUGCACUGAGGCUCGUGAUACAUCCUGAGGGUCUCGUGGCCGUGGGCCCUGGGGGAGGGAUGCUCCCCAGCCUGGAUAAGACUUCACACCACGCAGCUUUGCGCACCAAAGACAGGGAGAACUUGGAGAGACUUCUGGGACCUUCUGACCUGAGAGAAAGGAUGUGCUUUUUAAACAAAUGCAGCAUUGCCGACCAAGCUUAAAAUAUGCUUGUUAAAGGCUGUUUUCUAUAUUUAUUGUUGGGAAAAGUCACUUUAAAGACUUGUGCUAUUUGGAAGCAAAGCUAUUUUUCUUUCUUUUUUUUUUUUGUCAAUGGAAUGUGGUUUUUUACUAUUAUAUCAUGAGAAACAACAUAGAUUUCAUGAUCUCCUUUCUGAUGAAAGGACAGACUGAGAUUUGAAGGAAACUUGCCCAAAUCUGUGAAAUACAGACCUUCGCUUUAUUUUUAUAAGUAUCAACUGCCAUCAUGUUUUGUAAUUUGGGGUCUUGAUUUCACCAUUAUCGGUGAAGAAAAUUUUCAAUAAAUACGCAUUACCUGUAUGAAGCUGA